AUGCUGCUGCCCUGGAGCUGCUGGGCUCUGCUGCUCCUCUGCACCACAGCCAGGUCGUUUGGGUGGCUGGGCCUCAGCACCCUCCAAGAGGAGGUGAGGACCCCCCCAAGUGUCCACUUGGAGGUGACCCCAAGGGAUGAGCAGCCCCAGGACGAAGCCUCACGCAGGGUCCCAUCACCCCCGGACUCCAGUGCCCAUCAGGAGCCGGUGCAGGAUGAGACCCUCAGCAGCAGCGAGCAGCACCGCCUGGCCCAGCUCGUGGAGGACAUCACCCAGAGGAUGGGGCGGAUGAGCAUCCGUGCGGCUCCAGGCCACCAGGUUGUCCUCUCCAACGAUGAGCAGCAAAGAGCUCAGGAUGCCUCUUCCAAACGAGAGGGCAACCUGGACCUUCUCCUGACUGAGCAGCGCCGGUCGGAGGAGCUGAUGGAGAAGGUGCAGAAGCUCAAGGAGAGCCUGGUGCUGAUGCUGGCAGCUGUGAAGGAUGCACAGAACCAGAUGGAGAACCACCUACAGCACGUCCACAGCACCCUCAACCCACAUGGUCAGAGCUCAAGUGUCAUCUCCACCUGCAUCCUCUAUGUCUCCUACUUCAUGCUGCUGGUCUCACUACUGGUUCCCACGCUGCCCCGUGUCAUCAUCCUCCUCCUCUUCCUCGUCUCCAGCGCCCUCAGUGGGGUCCUCAGCAUCGCAGAGCUCUCCAGCCUCCUGGCCCUUGCUCUGGCAGGGCAGUGGCUGGUGGCAGUUUACAGUGGUGGUGCUGUGCAAGCACCAUGGUUGCUGCUUCUCCAGGAAGAACCCCAUCACUGGCUCACCUCCACCCCAAACAGGCAGUGUGGAAUGAAGCUGCUGCAGGAGGAACUGGACACGGUGGAGAUGAGCUGCCUGCAAGAGCCAAGCCCGGAGCAGCCCUCAGCCAUGGCAGGGGACCUCCCCAGCACAGCAGGACACACGUCACCCCCCCAUGGGGGCUGGAGGACAAAGCUGAGCUCGAGGAGGGAGAUGCUGGAGGUGUCCGUGGGCACUGGGAAGCACUGGGAGCCCAAACCCUGCAGCCCAAGCAAUCUCUCCUCUGCUGUUAGGUCCUUGCUGGCCCCACGGUCCCUAUGCCAAGGGCUCACCAGGGCCGGGCAGCGAUGCCAGAAGAAAGCCAUCCCUGGCCAGGACUUCUGCCAUGUCCAUGCCAUUGGUUGAACCUCAUGCAGCAGCUUGGUCAUGGGCUCAUCUCCCCAUGUUUGACCCUCUACUCCUUCCCAGAGGGGUUUUAAACCCUCUUUUGGCUCUUCCAGGUCCUGCUGGAGAGCACGUGGUGGUGCUCAGGACCCUGAAGGUGCCAUUUGACGUGGGUAUGGGACUGUUCUGCAGAGCAGAUGUUCCUCAUCCCACCACUUUUAACCUAUUUCCAUCCAUUUUAAUAAAUGCCCUAUUUACAGCUGGA